CGUCAGUAGUACACAUCCCACAGGGGUUAACACGCAACGUGAGAAGCCUACUACGACUUCAUUCAACUUUGCCACGCCUUUCAACGUAAACAAAUGGGGGCUUGACCAAUAAGAGCCACGAUAGAUCAGCCGAUGAUCAGAUGACUGAAAAGGAAAAACUAUUUAAAACUCUAAUGAGACACUUGAUGCAAGUUAAUACAUUUCUUGAGCGGCGCUUACACGGGAGCGCACCAAAAACGCACCACCGGCUCUAGAUUCACUCAUUCAUUUACCUUUCGCGCCUACUACCGGCACAGCAGAAAGACAUUUUAUAUUCUCAGGACGUUUUUAUUUCUUCUAUACCCGUCUGUGACUGAGAAAUGAAUCAUAAAACCCUUUUACUAUGGAUUUUCCUACAAUGUGCUGCUGCGCUCUUCUCGUCUGCUCUUGGAGACAACGCUGUCCUCGGAGGUGCAGACAGUGGAUUGGAUGAAAUGUCAACAGACAGCAAGUCUCUCGUUGGCACAGUUAAGUACAGCAUGAGAAAAACUUUAGAUCUGGACCAGGAGGGCUGCAGUCUGAAGACUGGCAAGAAGGAGUGUCUACAGGAGUGUGGCUUCAACUCCACAGCCAAGACCAUCUUCAUCAUCCACGGCUGGACGAUGAGCGGGAUGUUUGAAAGCUGGAUGCACAAACUGGUCUCAGCAGUCAUGCAGCGUGAAAACGAGGCCAAUGUGGUGAUCGUUGACUGGUUAUCAAUGGCUCAACAGCUCUACCCCGAUGCGGUGAACUACACUCAUACCGUUGGCCUUGACAUUGCUGCUAUGCUUGACUGGCUUCAGGAUGAGCAGCAGCUGCCUUUGCAGAAUGUGCACCUGAUUGGCUACAGUUUAGGCGCGCAUGUAGCAGGCUAUGCAGGAACAUUUGUACAAGGGACCAUCGGCAGAAUUACAGGCCUAGACCCAGCAGGGCCAAUGUUUGAGGGAGUAGAGGAACAGAGGCGCCUCUCUCCAGAUGAUGCUGACUUCGUGGACGUGCUGCAUACUUACACAAGAGAGGCCUUGGGCGUGAGCAUUGGGAUCCAACAGCCAAUUGGGGACAUUGAUAUCUACCCCAAUGGUGGCGAAGUGCAGCCCGGCUGUGCACUGGGUGACGUGCUGGCAGUAGCUGGAAAUUUCAUGGAGGUGAUGAAGUGUGAGCAUGAGCGAGCCGUGCACUUGUUCGUGGACUCUCUGAUGAAUAAGGCGCACAUGAGCUUCGCCUUCCAGUGCACUGGGCCGGAUCGCUUUAAGAAGGGAAUCUGCCUCAGCUGCCGCAAAAACCGCUGCAACAACAUUGGCUACAACGCCAGAAAGAUGCGCAAGAGGCGUAACAGUAAAAUGUACCUGAAGACACGUGCGGACACUCCCUUUGGAGGCUACCACUACCAGAUGAAGAUGCACGUCUUCAACAGGAAAAAGGCAGACCAUGCAGAUCCCACCUUUUAUGUCACAUUGUACGGCGCCCAUAAUGACACAAACAGCAUAUUUGUUGAUGUUGUUGAGGACACUGUCGGUCUGAACUUGACCAACACCUUCUUGGUGUUUACUGAGGACGAGAUCGGUGACCUGCUGAAGAUCCGUCUCAGCUGGGAAGGAGAAGCUGACUCCUGGAAUUCUGUCUGGAAGAACAUUAAGAAGUCAUUCUGGGCCUGGAACUCAAAGCCUCCGAAACCUGUGCUGGCAGUUCGUCGGAUUCGUGUGAAAGCUGGAGAAACACAAAAGAAGUUUACCUUCUGUGCCCAAGACCCUUCAAAAACCGAUAUUUCUCCAGGGGAAUCGAUAACGUUUGUGAAAUGUCGUGAUGGCUGGGAAGUGAAACCAAGAAAAAGGAUACCAAUGUAACAACUCAGCACUUCCAACAACUAAUGCACCGUCACCAUGGGGACCCAACAUGGCUAAGUGAGAAGCACUGCCUUCUCUUUAUUUGAGCACUUUUCGUAGGAGGAUGAUUGAUCAGCGCACGGUGGGAGGGGCUUGAGGUCUCGGACUCUGAACUGCACCUGGAUGGUUUCCAUUGGUUUCUGGAAACAAGGACUCUGAGGUCUCUGUCCAGUGUCAAGAGGAAAACGGCGCGCAGGCUGGAAGUUGGGGCAGUAUGAACAAGAUUGCCGGAGGAGUUACAGAACUUUCCUUUGUGUGAAGUAGAAUAUAAAUCGGUGUCAAUGGACAUACACCAGCAAUUGUAGUCGCUGUACUGUACAUUUUUAAAAUAUUCUUUUUUUAUUUAUGAAAAAAAUGGAAGCACUGCAAGACCAACAUUAUUUAUCAGAGCACAUCCCAUUAUGAAGCAUAUGUUGAAUUUCUUCUGGAUGCAGUACUUGUGUGUGUUUGUGUGUGCGUAUGUUAUGUAUAUUGUGUGGGUGAUUGUUUGUCUGUGACCAAUAUGUGUGCCUUUCUGCUGAGUGAGAUUACUGAUACACUGUAUAACUGAAGGAGAUAUCUGAUCUCAUUGCACAUGAUCUUUUCUGGUUCUGUGCAUAGUGUUACUGUUACUGUAUGUGGCUCUUUUUGGGGUGUGUGUUCAUGUGUAUAUAAUGUAAAUAACUUUUUGGAAAAAUAAAUUCACCUGUUAUUUGUAGUAA